AUAAUCAUAGUCCUUUAUUUGUUGCAAAACUAACUUUAUUACGUCUAUAUCCGAGUGUUUAAGUUAGCAAUGGAGUCAUCAGCUUUACAUGGCAUAGAGAGCGUUCGCGUGAAGGCUGAGCCCCGUGAGGAUGUGUGUACAGAUACUACAGAUGAGCCCACGGUCGAGGGAGUGUCUGUGAAAGUUGAGCGUUUGCUGGAUGACUCUAUAAAAGACGAGCCAAGGUGCGAGGGUGUGCCUAUAAAAGCUGACUCUUCAUGCUCAGAUGUGACUGUGAAUGAGGAUUCGCUCGGCGUGAGCGCGGCGGCGGAGCUGUACACCGAUCACGCCGUGAAAGAUGAGCUCGUGCUCGGCCCCGUGCUAGUGGAGCGGCGCGUGCGCCACGCACCAACAGCUUUCAACCUGGGGGUAGGAGUGAAGCAGUCAUGUGAGACUGUCCCCGGGAGGCCCCUUCUGAGGGACUGCUAUGUGAGGCUGGAGCGUCUAGUUGUAGAGACACUGCACACUACAUGGAGCACAGACCGGACCACCGGACCGGACCGGGGACAAGAUCCUGAUGCUGAUGUAGAAUGUGGAUACCAGAACACCACAGAUGAGAAUGUUAAAAGAAACUGUCACGAUCAAUCCCCUCGGAUGACACCAAGUGGUAGACCUAAAAUAUACCAAUGUGCCCACUGUAAAUAUGCAACAUUAAGACAAGCUUGCUUAAUCACGCAUUUGAUAAAACAUGCGAAACCAUACAAGUGUGAUCAAUGUAGUUAUGCAUGUGUCGAAAAAAGAUAUUUGCAACGUCAUAUAAGAAAACACACUGAUGACAUUGACAAGCCUUACAAAUGUGACCAAUGUAAUUAUGCAUGUUUCGAUAAAGGAUAUUGGCAACGUCAUAUAAGAAAACACACUGGUGACAAAACUUACAAAUGUGAUCAAUGUAAUUAUGCAUGUGUCAAAAAAAGAGAUUUGCAACGUCAUAUAAAAAAACACAUUAGCGACAAGCCUUACAAAUGUGAUCAAUGUAAUUAUGAAAGUGUCAAUAAAGGAUUUUGGCAACGUCAUAUAAGAAAACACACGGGCGAUAAAACUUACAAAUGUGAUUAUGCAUGUGUCAAAAAAAUAUAUUUGCAACGUCAUAUAAGAAAACACACUGAUGACAUUGACAAGCCUUACAAAUGUGAGCAAUGCAAUUAUGCUAGCAGCCAAAAAGAUAAUUUCCAUAAACAUGUAAGGAUACAACAUGAUGGAAGGCCUCACAAAUGUUCGGUGUGUAAUUUUGCUAGUGCCAAGAAACGUGAUUUGCGAGCACAUUUAAGGAUACACACUGGUGGAAAGCCUCAUAAAUGUGGGGUGUGUAAUUUUGCUAGUAUCUGGGAAUAUCAAUUGCGAAAUCAUUUAAGGAUACACACUGGUGAAAAACCUUACAAAUGUGACCAGUGUAGUUAUGCUUGCAGACAAAAAAUUUUUUUGGAAUGUCAUAUAAGAAACCACACUGGCGACAAACCUUACAAGUGUGAGCAAUGUAAUUAUGCAUGUGUCGCAAAAAUAUAUUUGCAACGUCAUAUAAGAAGAAAACACACUGGCGACAAGCCUUACAAAUGUGACCGAUGUAAUUAUGCAUGUGUCGAAAAAAUAUGUUUGCAACGUCAUUUAAGUAAACACACUGGCGUCAAGUGUUACAAAUGUUUACGAUUCCAUGAAGGUAAACAUAUUAAUGACGAGUUUACAGGCUCAAAUAAUUGUUCACUAGAUCUUGAACGACAGUGUAAAGAGACCGGGAGCGGGCAGCCGUCAGCCGCGCGUGGAGACGCGCGUGGGUUCGGACGUGGAGACGCGCUAGGAGACGCGCGUGUAGACAGGCGAGAAGACGCGCGAGGAGACGCGCAUGUAGACGGGCGAGAAGACGCGCGAGGAGACGCGAGUGACACCGCGCACGACCACACUUACGCGCGGAUCCAGUCCGCGCCGACGCCCAGCGCCGCUCCUCCAGGCCUCGAAAGCGACCACCGGGAGCGCUCGCACGAACAGAGCGAGGCCCGCUCGAACACAGCGAGGCCCGCACGAACAGAGCGAGGCCCGCACGAACAGAACGAGGCCAAGACUCGGAACCUUAACGGCUUGAACAGGAAGACAUAUAGGAAGAAAUAG